AUGGGGACAAAAUGUUGGGCUUCAUUUGGGAGAAACGGUGGCCGUCGGAUCGAAAAUCUGCUUAUUGAUCAGAUUCCUUUUGUUGACACUCCACUACACUUAGCUGCAAAAACCGGGCACGUCGAAUUUGCCAUGGAGAUGAUGAACUUAAAGCCAUCAUUUGCCAGGAAGCUGAACCAAGACGGCUUGAGCCCCAUUCACCUUGCCUUGGCAUAUGAACAAAAAGAGAUGGUAGAUCUUCUCCUAGCAAGUGAUAAAGAUCUUGCUCGUGUCAAAGGCAAGGAGGGCAACACUCCUUUGCAUUACGCAACUAAACAUGGAAACCUUCCUCUUUUGGCUCAAUUUCUGAUCGUUUGCCCUGAAUGUAUUGAAGAUACAACAACUCGAGACGAGACUGCUCUUCACAUUGCAGUGCAAGCAAUAGAUUCGACGCUCUUGAAUAUGGAUAUCUUACAAGAACAAAGCCAAGUUGACAUUAAAGAGUGUAUAGAGAUUCUAUACAGUGCCAGAGGCUUAAAUGCUUCCUCAAUCCCUCCAGCUCCACCGUUACAAGAUAAGUUAAGGUCGAAGCUGACAUUUCAUGAAAAAUUAUUUGGCGAAGCCUUCCGUGAAAUUUUUGAUAUCUCAAUUGAGCAGAGCAAUGCUUUGCUCGUGAUAUUAGUUUUGAUUCUAACAGCUACUUACCAAGCUACUCUUAGUCCACCCGGUGGAUUGGGGCAGGGUGGCAGUGGUGGAAAUAAUGGUUCCAUAGGCGCCGACGCUGCCCAUCAGCUGCGGAAAUCAAUCAUGGAAGACCCAACUUCCAAUCUCGGAAAAUCAAGUAUGAGUUCAACCUCUUUUCUUCUUUUCUUCAUUCCAAAUACUAUCGCUUUUCUUUUGACAACAGUCUUUAACACUUAGCCUGUUGGGUGUGUGUCUUUUCACUUGCACCACACACUCGAUCGUCGAAAACCGCUCUGAGCGAUACAAUGCAACUAAGUGCGGAAACUAGUCACACUGAAUAAAUGUUGUUC